AUGGGUGACUGGAAGUCCCAGUCUCCCCCUGACUACAAGGAGGUUAUUGCAUCCGACUACGCUAGCAGCCAAUCCUCCCUCCCCGACGGCUUUCUUGCCACAAGCGUGCUUCAGGUAGAAGCUAUUGGAUACGACACCAACCAGGCACUCAGCGGCAGCAAAACGCUGGAGAAUAUUUCCGUCUACAGCGUGGAAUCCGGAGCAGCAAAGUACACAUCUGUCCGCCUAAAGAGGAGUUCCAACUCGUGCGCGUUGGUACGCUCAUCCGACCCACGCCAGAAUGCUCUCAUUUCAACCAUUUAUCGUUGGGGCCCGGGGAGACACCCCAGAAUGCGCAUUCUACCCCGCGAUGCCAGUGUUUCGGUUGAGCAGGCCAUAGACAACGAUAAGUUGUGUGGCGGAGAAUUGGUCGACGUCCAAAGCCGGUCGAUGGUUAGCCAUACGCAGGUUUUCGACACGUCGCUUGGAAAAUUCGAGUGGCGCUACGGUAGUCGGCAAGAAAGAAAAGCUUGUAACGCAGAUUCGCUGCUUAUUCUGGAGCGCAUGGAUCGCAUUAUAUUAGCGGACGGCACAAAGACUAAGAGCAGCGCCAGAGUCGCUCAGCUUAUUCGAAACGACCAAUUCCGUACCCCCGGCUCGGUUAGGUACUCUGGCGGUAAUGGUGGUCGCUUGGUGAUAGAUCUGCGCACGUGGAAGGAUGAGAAGCACACCGACGCUGACAGUGUAGAGGCUUUCGUUGUGGCGAGUUGUAUCUUAAUGCUGAAGAGAGAGGCGGAUCGUUUCAUCGAAAAUAACAUCGCUGCCGUGGUAUAA